GGCUGCUCUUCCAGAGGUCCUGAGUUCAAUUCCCAGCAGCCACCGUGGCUUACAACCAUCUGUAAUGAGAUCUGGUGCCCUCUUCUGGCUUGCAGGCAUACAUGCAGGCAGAACAUUGUAUAAAUAAUAAAUAAAAAUCUUUAAAAAAAAAAAAAGAAUACAAGAAGCAGAGGAAGAACAGCCGCAUCUAUUCUUAGUUAUCUCAGUCCCUGUCCAUAAAGUCUUAGAAUUAUUCCUGUCUCACGGAGUGUGGUGCCCCCUGCUGGUAAUCCCAGCACUUGGGAAGCUGAGGCAGAGGGAUCCGUGGAGAAUUCAAGGUCCGUCUGAGCUACUAUGCUGGAUGUUUUAUGUCAACUUGACACAAGCUAAAGUCAUCCGAGAAGAGGAACCUCAAUUAAGAAAAUGUCUUCAUAAGACCAGACUGCAGGCCAGCCUGUAGGACAUAUUCUUAAUUAGUGAUUGAUGGGGGAGGGCUCAGCCCAUUGUGGAUGGUGCCAUCCCUGGGCUGAUGAUCCUGGGGUCUAUAAAAAAGACUGAGCCAGUGGCGGCGGCGGUGGUGGCACAUGCCUUUAAUCCUAGCACUCCGGAGGCAGAGGCAGGCGGAUCUCUGUGAGUUCGAGGCCAACCUAGUCUACAGAGUGAGAUCCAGGACAGGCACCAAAGCUACACAGAGAAACCCUGUCUCGGAAAAAAAACCAAAACAACAACAACAACAACAAAAAACAAGCAAAAAACAAAACAAACAAAAACAAAAAAAAAAAACGCAGACCGAGCAUGUCACGGGGAACAAGCCAGUCAGUAGCACCCCUCCAUGGCCUCUCAUCUGCUCCUGCCUCCAGGUUCCUGACACACUUGACUUCCUGUCCUGACUUCCUUCAGGGGAAGUGUAAGCCAACUAAAUAAACCCUUCCUCCCAAACUUGCUUUUUGGUCAUGGUGUCUCUUCACAGCAAUAGAAGCCCUGACUAAGACAGCGACCCACUCUGGGUACGUCUGGUGAACAAGGCUCUCAAAGGAUCAGGGCCACGGACUUAAGAAGAGCUUUUCCAGCCCCUACACCUCACAGGCUCUUGAUCUACUAACUCUAUGCUUUCCCACACCCUGUAAAGUUGCCCCUCGUCCUCGAACUGCCCCUGCCUAAUCCUGUCCCUGGCAGACUUCCACUGGAUCGCUACAGUCUCCAGCCUUGGCUCCCAUUUCCAGUGCUGGGAUUUUCCUCAGUUUACUGGGGGCAAGUCACCUGUCAUUUCUGAGACCCAGCUCUCUCAUUUACAAACCAGGAAAUACAAUUUCUGUCUUCUACAAUCAUUGUGAGGAUUACAUGAAAUAUGACUGCAAAGUGCCAAUCACAGCUAGUGGUCUAUAGUAAAUAUUCAGUAGGUGCUAAUUCCAACUCAAUGGCUUUCACUGCACCUCCUCCCCAAGCUCUUGGAGGCCUCUGUCUCCUGGAGCUGGGAAUCAAAUCUUCAGGGUUCCUGGAGCAGAUUAGUUUUGAAUGUCACUUAAUCCUGGUCGUUCUUCCGUAACCUGAGCCAUGAAAGGACAGGGCUGGUAUAGACCGGCAACCUGAAUUCUGAUAGGGGCAGGGUUGAUAUAAACCCAUGUAAGUGACCAGAUUCAUAGGUAAUGCAGGAUGGAGUUGCAGGCUGGAGCCAAGCUGCUGCUGCUGCUGCUGUGGGUGAUAUACUGUGGAGAUGCGCAGAGAGUGAAAGAAGCACGAUAUGCAUCGAUUGUUGACGUGACCAACGGUGGGACCUGGGGUGACUGGGCCUGGCCUGAGAUGUGUCCUGAUGGAUACUUCGCCAGUGGGUUCUCCAUCAAGGUGGAGCCCCCUCAGGGCAUUCCUGGGGAUGACACAGCUCUGAACGGGAUCCGGCUGCACUGUACUCGAGGGAAUGCCAAGCAAAACACCCAUGUUGUGGAGUCUCAAUCUGGAAGCUGGGGCUCAUGGAGCGAGCCUCUGUGGUGUCCUGGCACCCACUUCCUAGUGGCUUUCUCCCUUCGGGUGGAACCGUUUUCAUUUCCCGGGGACAACACUUCGGUGAACAACGUGCGCUUCCGUUGCUCGGACGGUGUGGAGCUGGAGGGGCCUGGGCUGAGCUGGGGAGAUUAUGGAGACUGGAGCAACUCGUGUGCCAAAGGUGUCUGUGGCUUGCAGACCAAAAUCCAGAAGCCUAGAGGCCCCCGUGAUGACACUGGUCUUAAUGACGUCAGGAUAUUCUGCUGUAACUCCUGAUGCUGUUGCUGCGGCCCACUCUCCCACUGGACCCUGCCAGUGCUGUGCUUCUUACUAUUAAAGCUUCUUGGUCUUGG